AUUUCUCCAUCUUCCAUUUCAGAACAUCAAAAUUUUGUAUUCCCCCCUCCCCCUCCAAAAAAAGAAAUAGAAAAACGAAAACGAAAAAGAAAAACCCCUCGUUCUUUACUCGGGACUCGGAAUUUGACUUGUCAUCUGCAGACAACAUCAGGUUGGAAUCUUGUGUCGGAUUCCUUCAAGAUUGACUUAUAAACGCUUCUCGGGACAACCUGAAUUUUGUUGGAAAUUAAGUGCAUUCUUGCUAUAUAGGAUGGACUCCCAUUAUCUUGGAUACGAGGUUGCAGGUGCAGGCUUAGCCUACUCGUCGUAUACUAGUGCUUCAUCCAUGCCUCCAGGGCUGUUUAGGUCAUCCAAGUUGGAUUCAAGAAACUUGCCUAGUUUUCCUUUCUCUACCCCUUACGAUCCCGAGACCCUCGCCACGUACGGUGUUAGUUGGGAUCCGGAUGGUUUGGCUUAUAAUCCUUCUGGAGCGACCCUUUAUUCUAAUUCUUUGCUGGAUUACAACAAUUGCCUCCAGCAACCGGCACCCUCUCCGUUCUGCCCUCAAGAUAGUUCACUAGUUUGCUCUAACGAUCCAUCGUUUCCCCAAAAUGUAAAUGGCAAUCAUCACAUAAGACAGGCCCUAUGGGAGUUGGAGAGUGCUCUUAUGGAUGCAGAUGAUUAUUCCAGGCCUGGCAGCUGGAACGAUGAGCAGCAUAUUGAGAAAUGUUGCAGAGCAAUGGAGGACUUUGCGAUGUUGCCGGUCAUCCCUACUGAUAAUCUCAAACACCUGCUGAUUUCGUGUGCUAGAGCUCUUUCUGAAGACAAAUUAAAUGAAUUUGAGGAACUGGUAAAGCAUGCCCGUGCGGCAGUGUCUAUUAGCGGAGAGCCGAUUCAGCGGCUAGGUGCUUACAUGCUAGAAGGGCUAAUAGCAAGGAAAGAGUUGUCGGGGACCCACAUUUACCAUGCUUUAAAGUGCAGUGAGCUGGAUAGCAAGGAUUUGCUAUCCUAUAUGCGCAUUCUGUACGAGAUAUGUCCAUAUUACAAAUUUGGUUAUAUGGCUGCUAAUGGCGCCAUUGCUGAAGCGUGCAAAAAUGAGGACCGCAUACACAUUAUCGAUUUCCAGAUUGCACAGGGGACACAAUGGAUAACUCUGUUGCAAGCACUUGCAGCAAGACCUGGUGGGGCUCCAGGAGUGCGCAUUUCCGGGAUCGAUGAUCCCUUUUCAGAAUACGCUCGUGGAGAUGGUCUAGCAGCAGUAAGGAAACGAUUUGAGGCAAUCUCCAAGAAAUAUAACAUCCCUGUUGAGUUUCAUGCUGUUCCAGUUUUUGCUCUUGAUGUCACACGGAACAUGCUCGACAUUCGGCCCGGUGAGGCCUUGGCAGUGAACUUUCCGCUCCAGCUCCACCACACGCCCGACGAGAGUGUUGACGUGUCCAAUCCAAGAGAUGGGCUUCUAAGGAUGGUGAAAUCACUUUCUCCUAAGGUGGUCACUCUGGUCGAGCAAGAAUCAAACACAAACACCGCCCCAUUUCUCGCAAGGUUCACGGAGACCUUGGACUACUACUUGGCGAUGUUCGAGUCGAUAGAUGUUACGAUGCCGAGGGAGGGGAAGGAACGGAUUAACGUCGAGCAACAAUGUCUAGCAAGGGAAAUUGUGAACGUCAUUGCGUGUGAAGGGAAGGCAAGAGUGGAACGACACGAGCUAUUUGGCAAGUGGAGAUCGAGGUUCAUGAUGGCAGGUUUCCGGCAGUUGCCGUUGAGCUCUUACGUGAAUUCGGUGAUUAGGGGAUUGCUGAGAUGCUACUCCGAGCAUUACACCUUGCUGGAGAAGGAUGGAGGUAUGCUGUUAGGAUGGAAGGAUAGGAAUUUGAUCUCAGCAUCUGCUUGGCACUGAAGAUGGGACUGGGAAAUGCAUAUGUAGAGUUAGUAUAGAAAUGCAGCCAGACAAUGAAAACAGAGAUAGUUCCACUAGAAAUGGUAUAGGUUCUCUUGUAUGUAAUUUUGAUCGUGCUUUACAGAGUCAUUUACUUUGUUAAAAGGAAAGAAUUUAUAUUUGAAAUGAAAUAGGAAAGAGAAUAUGAUUUGAAAUAGAAAA